UUUCAAUCAGUUUUUUAUAUAAUUUAGAAAUCAAUUAAUCUUUACAAUGAAAUAUAACAAAUCAACCCAAUACCGUAUUCCAACCUUAUCAGACCUUCCUGAACCUCUUAAGGGAUCAAUCAUAGCACCAAAUACACCUAUUUCUAAUUGUCUUAUUCUACUUCAUGGUCUAGGUGGCUCUCAUAUUCCAUUUGCACGGCUAGCUCGACAUCUUAACCUACCAGAAACUGUUUGUAUUAGUCUUUGCGGAUUAAAACAAACACCUCUAGUUGAUCUUUGUGAUGAUGAAGCUGGAUCUUGGCAUUGGGGCUCAGAUUUAACAUUUGAUGAUGAUGGAAUUGUUUCAGAUGAUGCAGAUUUACAAAAAGCAAUAGAAAUAUUAGAAAUAUUAUGUAAAACAUUAACAGAUCCACUGCCUUUAGGCUGUGGAUUUGUUUCACAAGCAAUUUUCUUCUUAGGUUAUGGACAAGGUGGUCGUUUAGCACUUAAUUUUACAUUAACACAAAGUAAACCAGAAUCUCCUCAUUUUAACAAACGAUUCGGAGGAGUUUUAUCAAUAGGAGGGAUUGUUGAAUCUUUUGAUUCAUUUUCUCAUCUAUUUCUAAACGAAUCUUUAUCUACACAAACAAAUGAAAUGAACAACAAUACUAACAAUAAAGAAGAUCAUAUAAAAAACACAUCUUGUGUCAUAUCUCGUCUUACAACACCUAUUUUACUUUGUGGAGGUGAUGAUGAAUCUCGUAUCACCUCUCAAACUAUACAACAACUUUCAAAAAUAUUUUAUCAGGUUGAACAUAUCAUUUGGAAAGAUCAUGAUGGAGAUACAAUGCCGCGUAACCGCAAAGAAUGGUAUCCUUUGCUUCAAUGGUUUUCGCAACAUCUACUUCAUACUUUUUAA